AGGACAAUGAUCAAGUGAGUAAAGGUUCAAAACAAAUCCUACUUUUUACAUUUCCAUGGUGUUAUGUCAAAACUAAGACUUCAUUUCGUAUUCCUAUACAUGGAUUUCUUUUGGUUUUUAAUCUUUGCAAUCACUGCAAAUGCUGACCCAAAGUUUGACGGCGUUCUUCGGAACGCCUCUGACGGGACCAUGGAGGCAUAUAUGAUUCCGCCGUUUGCCUCCAACCAUGCCUCUUUUAUUGAACCACUUCCGAAUGGAGACCUCGUUAUGGCGUGGUUUAGCGGGACCUCAGAAGGAGAGAGCAAUGUGGCUAUUGUUUUCAGUCAAUUAAAGAACAAUUCGGAUCAAUGGACGAAAGCACAAGUUGUAUCUCAGCGAAAAGGCUAUUCCAACCAAAACCCAGUACUGUUCCAUGACAAUAAAACUGACGUCUUAUAUCUGUUUCACUCGCAACAAGAAGCGAAGAAAGCUUCAGCAGGAAUUCAGAGUGAAGACUCUGCAGAAAUAUGGGUCCUCAGCGCUAAAAAUGUCACCAAUUCUACCGCCAUACAGUUCUCCCCACCACGUGUUAUGUUUAAGCACAAAGGAUCCUUCGAUCGUAACAGAGUCGUGGUGUCCCUUCGGAACACCUGGCUUUAUCCUAUAUACUACGCAGGAGGCUCCAGCAAAGACCAGACCUCCAACUUGAAGGAAUGCGUGGACCACGACGUGUUCAGCUCCUGGCUGGACCACCCGUUCACGGCCUCCAACUACCUUGUCCAACCGUCAGUCGUCAGGCCAAAGAAAGGAAACCCUCGACUCAUUGUGUUCUUCAGGGACAGACGUGCGCAGAAUGUUUACCGAGCAGAAAGCCCGGAUGACGGAAAGACCUGGACUAGACCCAGUAAGACCACUCUACCGAAUAACAACAGCGGGAUCGAGGCCAGCGUCCUGAGUAGUGGGAAUCUGGCCAUCGUCUACAACCCGACCACCAAGGACCGUAACCCCCUCAGCGUGUCCCUGUCUGACGAUCAGGGUGAGUCCAGGGAUCACGUGGAAAUACACAAGAAAUCUGGAGUACACAAAAUCUUCAAAUGGCGUGGAAUUUAGUUACCCAACAUUAUUUCAGGACUCCUCUGGUAGGAUUCAUAUCUCGUAUACAUUUAAUAGACAGACUAUCAAACAUAAAGUCCUUCCAAAUGAAGAGUGGAUUAUGCAAAAAUAGUCAAUGAAGAAGGAUGACCAUCAUGCGCGUAUCCAGAAGGGGGAGAGAAUGGGGGAGGGGGUCCGAAGGCCCCAGAAAACUCAUAUUUCUUAAAUUCAUUUAGGAAAAAUACCGAAAAUAUGCCUUAAAUCCCCCUUCUUUGGCAAACUUUAAUAUCCCUCGGACCCCCUGCCCCUCUGUGAAAAAAUUCUGGUUUCGCGCAUGAGUCACUAUGCCGCUUGAUGCAAUGUGUGCUGUAUAUGCCUGUGCACGUGCAUGCACACGUACUUGUAUAUAUCAUUAUUGUGUUU